AUGCUUGGCCACGUAGGAAUCCGCGUCCCUGACGUCGAGGCUGCUACAAAGUUUUACGACAAACUGCUGUCAACGCUCUCCUAUACGACAAAGACGUAUCCUACAGUGACAGUAAUAGGACCCUCAGAUAAUUCGACACCGAUUCCUUGUUUUAUGCUGAGGAAAUACACUCCCAGUGCUGCAAAUGGGAAUGCUGUAAAACCCAGCCCUGUGCACAUCUCAUUCUACGCCAAGACACGAAAGCAAGUGGAUGAAUUUCACGCCGCAGGCAUCAAGGCGGGGGGCAAUGACAAUGGCGGCCCAGGUUUGAGAACAUUUAUGGCAAAUUACUAUGAUCGAAUUGAAACAGCGGCCUUCAUCUUGGAUCCUGAUGGCAACAAUGUUGAGGCAGUCUGCUUUGCAGAGGAAUGA